AUCCAGUCAUGAUUCUCCUCAAGUUCACACACUUCGAGACUAUCUCACUAUCCCACGUACACACUUAUGUCAGGCGUGACAGGAAUGCCCCCGGUGACUCCAGUCAAGACCCCUAAGAAGAGGUCUAAAAGUAAGGAGACUGGCCCCAGCGUGUCAGACAGGAUCCUCAAGGUGUUGUCAGGAUCAAAGGACCGCGGUGGCGUCUCGUUUGCGGCUCUGAAAAAAGCCCUGACUGCCGGAGGUUAUGAUGUGACGAAAAACAAUGGUCGAAUUAAACUCGUCCGGCACUUGGUGGCCAACGGAAGUCUUCUGCAACCGAAAGGUACCGGCGCGUCCGGCUCCUUCAAAAUCAACAAGCAAACUGCCGCUAACAAGAAAAAGGAUGUAAAAAAGAAUGCGAGGAGUCCGAAGAAGAAAGUCAAGAGGAUCAAGAAAAUGAGUCCUAAGAACAGCACGGGCUCCAGGACUCCAACACGGAAGAAGAGAAAGGCGAAGACCCCCAAGAAGGCCAAGAAACCCGCGGCUGCUAAGACACCAACGAGCCCAAAGAGGGCCACGCGCAGGGUGGCCAGUACUCGGGCAUUUGCUUUUUAAACGUUUGGACACGGUUUACCAACCGAUGGUAUUAACCAUGAAUCAGCAAAGGACAAAUUGGACACACUCGUACAAUUCCCUUGAUUUAAAAAUUAUAAAUGUCUUUCAUUCUA